UGAAGUAUCUUCUCAGGGGUGUUUGAACAGGAAGGCGGACAUAUUGGCUAGACUGUUGGAGAAAAUCGGGCAUCGUCUGCGAUUGUUUUCUGAAAAGUAACACACAUCAAACCCAAUCUGUCUGUAUUCCAUCUGAGGGAUAAAGCAGUUCGGACGGGGAGGCAAUCGAGGCUCAGUGACAGCGCACGCAACGCUACGGAUGGACUGCCUUUAAACGUUGUAACGACUCCGUCUUUACACUCAUCGAAAUUUGGAAGAAGCAGAAGUUUUUUUUCCCACCACUUCUACUUUUGAGCUGUCAGAUUGGUUUGUCAUUUUCUGCAGGGGCCUGGCAUAGAUAUGGGAACGGCACAGGACUAGCUUUCCAACAAAUUGUGCUUUUUUUCAGAGAGACGGUGCAUUCACGUUUUAACUGCCUUUUGUUUGGAUGCACCAACAUUUUAAGCCCUUAUCCUCAGCGGCAUCCCACGGAGGCUGACUAAUCUGUCGCCACAUUUAUCUUUGCCACUAAAGUUGUUUGCCACUCGUACCGGGGACACAUACUUCAAAUCCGAAAAUGUGGCUUUUGCAUGUUCAAUGCAACCUUAAAGCGUGUGGAAGCUCCAGGAGAACGAUGUGUUUUCUUUGAAGUGCGGCGGAAAGUUCAGAAGAAGAAAGGGACAUUUGGCUAGCUAGCUAGCUAUCGCUAGCUGCUAAAGCUAGCUAGCCACUCGCCAUUGGGCUGUUUUGUUCAUAACUCAACGUCGGGAAUGAGUUUUGCAGCAAAAAUGUCUGCUGGGGAUACGAUGGAGGCUCGAUUUGAAAAGAUCGAUGCCAUGUUGAAAGACCCAAAGUCAGAAAUAAACACGGAUUGUCUGCUGGAUGGCUUGGAUGCACUGGUAUAUGACCUUGACUUCCCUGCCCUGAGGAAAAACAAGAGUAUUGACAACUUUUUGAAUAGAUACAAAGAGACGAUUAGUAACAUUCGUGAUCUGCGAAUGAAAGCGGAGGACUAUGAGGUGGUUAAAGUUAUUGGGAGGGGUGCAUUUGGAGAGGUGCAGUUGGUAAGACAUAAAGCGACAAGCAAAGUAUAUGCCAUGAAGCUGCUGAGUAAGUUUGAGAUGAUCAAGAGGUCAGACUCUGCUUUCUUCUGGGAGGAGAGGGACAUCAUGGCCUUUGCCAAUAGUUCAUGGGUCGUUCAGCUCUUUUUUGCAUUCCAAGAUGACCGCUACCUCUACAUGGUGAUGGAGUACAUGCCUGGUGGUGAUUUGGUAAACUUGAUGAGCAACUAUGACGUCCCAGAGAAGUGGGCUCGCUUUUACACAGCCGAGGUAGUCCUGGCCCUGGAUGGAAUCCACUCUAUGGGCUUCAUUCACAGAGAUGUCAAGCCUGAUAACAUGUUGCUUGACAAAGCAGGCCACUUAAAGCUCGCAGACUUUGGGACCUGCAUGAAAAUGAACAAGGACGGUAUGGUACGAUGUGACACAGCAGUGGGAACUCCAGACUACAUUUCACCUGAGGUACUGAAAUCCCAAGGAGGAGAUGGGUAUUAUGGCAGAGAGUGCGACUGGUGGUCAGUGGGAGUGUUUCUGUACGAAAUGUUAGUUGGCGACACUCCUUUCUAUGCAGACUCACUAGUGGGGACCUAUAGCAAAAUUAUGAACCACAAGAAUGCGCUGACCUUCCCUGAUGACAGCGACAUAUCCAAUGACGCCAAGAAUCUGAUCUGUGCUUUCCUGACUGACAGGGAUGUUCGACUCGGCCGUAAUGGUGUAGAUGAAAUCAAGAGGCAUCCCUUCUUCAAGAAUGACCAGUGGACGUGGGAGAACAUCAGAGAGACGGCUGCCCCUGUAGUCCCCGAACUUAGCAGUGACACUGACACCAGUAACUUUGAUGACAUUGAGGAGGAUCGGGGAGAGGAGGAGACCUUUCCCAUACCAAAGGCCUUUGUGGGCAACCAGCUCCCGUUUGUAGGCUUCACCUAUUACAGUAAUCAACACAUUUUGCGAAGGUCCGCUGACACGAAGAGCAGUGACAAGCGUAGCAGUUCCACAAAAGAAGAUAAGAGUCAUUUGGAGAACCUGCAAAAACGAAUCUACCAGCUAGAGGAGCAGCUGCACAGUGAAAUGCAGUUGAAAGAUGAGUUGGAGCAGAAAUGCAGGACAUCAAACAACAAGAUUGAAAAGAUUAUGAAAGAGCUGGAUGAAGAGGCAAACUUGAGGAAGAGCGCCGAUGCCAGCUUGUCUCUGCUGGAGAAGGACAAGCUUAUGCAGCAGCACAGAUUCACAGAGUACCAAAGAAAAGCCGACCAGGAGUCAGAGAAGAGACGGAAUUUGGAAAACGAAGUGUCAAAUUUGAAGGAGCAGUUGGAAGAUAUGAAGAAAAUCAGUCAGAACUCGCAAGCCUCAAAUGACAAGAUUACCCAGCUUCAGAAUCAGCUGGAAGAGGCCAACGACUUGCUGCGUGCAGAGUCAGACACGGCGGGGAGACUGAGGAAGAGCCACACAGAGAUGACCAAGUCAAUGGCACAUUUGGAGAAUUUGAACCGUGAGCUGCAGGAGAGGAGCCGCGCAGUAGAAGGAGAGAAGGCGCAGCUGGAGAAGGAGCUCCUGCUUCUACAGAGCACCCUGGACUCUGAACGGAGGAACUACAGUCAGGACUCAGAGGAGAUCAGGGAGCUGCAAGCGAGAUUGUCGGGGUUGCAGGAGGAUAACAAAAACUUGAAGCUUAGUCUGUCCAAGAUGGAGGCGGAACGCAAACAGGCCCAGGAAAGAAGCAAUAAUUUGGAGAAGGAAAAGAACAAUUUGGAGAUAGACCUGAAUUACAAACUGAAGACCUUGCAGCAGCGUCUGGAGCAAGAACAGACGGAGCACAGGGUGACGCGGGCACAGCUCACUGACAAAUACGAGUCUAUCGAAGAAGCCAAAUCAGCUGCCAUGUCUGCUGUCCAGCAGAAGAUGUCAGAGGAGACGGGAGCAAGGAUGAGGGCAGAGAGCCGGGUGGUGGAGGUUGAGAAGCAGUGCUCAAUGUUGGAGUUUGACCUUAAGCAGUCUGUGCAGAAAAUGGAGCAGCUGAUGAAGCAGAAGGAACGGCUGGAGGAUGAGGUGAAGAAUCUGCAGAUUCAGGUAGAGCAGGAGUCAAGCAAACGCAUCCAGAUUCAGAACGACCUGAAGACCCGCAUGCAGGAGAUGGACCGUCUUAGGUGUUCAGAGAAACAGCUCAAACAAGAGAUCAACACAUCACUGGAAAGUAAACGCUCACUGGAGUUUCAGCUGGCACAGCUGUCCAAACAGUACAGAGGCAACGAGGGACAGAUGAGGGAACUUCAGGACCAGCUUGAGGCUGAACAGUAUUUUUCUACGCUUUACAAAACUCAGGUCAAAGAACUAAAAGAGGAGAUUGAGGAAAGGAACCGGCAGAUACAGGAGGCUAAUAAGAAGGUGCAGGAUUUGUGCAACGAAAGGGAUUCCUUGUCUGCACAGCUGGAUCUGACAGUGACCAAGGCCGAGUCAGAACAGCUUGCUCGGGCGCUUCAGGAGGAGCAGUAUUUCGAGCUCAGCCAAGAGAACAAGAAAGCAGUGACAAGGCAUAAGCAGGAGAUUGGGGAGAAAGAGGCUACUAUUGCACGGCUUGAGGAAUCCUAUAAAACUCUGACCAAAGAUGUGGAGAAUCUCAGCAGAGAGAAGACGGAGUUAAGUGAAAAGCUUCGUAUUCAGGAUGAAGAAUAUGUCGCUCAGAAGGAAGAAAUUGAAAAAUCAACCAAGGCCACCUACGAGAAGAUCCUCUACACAGAGCGCACACUGAAGACUCAGGCGGUGAACAAACUGGCAGAGAUCAUGAAUCGUAAAGACAUGAAGCUGGACCAGAAGAAGAAGGGUAGCACAGCUGAUCUGCGGAAAAAGGAGAAGGAAAACCGCAAGCUUCAGCUGGAGCUUAAUCAGGAGAAGGAAAAGUUUAACCACAUGGCCAUCAAAUACCAGAAGGAGCUGAGCGAGAUGCAGGCGCAAUUGGCAGAGGAAAGCACGUAUCGCAACGAGUUGCAGAUGCAGCUGGACAGCAAGGAGAGCGACAUCGAGCAGCUCCGGGAGAAACUGAACGACCUGCAGCAGCGCAUGGAUAACUCCAGCGUCACCAGCCUGCAGACAGACGAGACGGACAGUAAUAUCGCAGAGUCCAGAUUGGAGGGUUGGCUGUCUAUUCCUAAUCGUGCUAACAUCAAAAGAUACGGAUGGAAGAAGCAGUAUGUGGUGGUGAGUAGUAAGAAGAUUCUGUUCUACAAUGACGAGCAGGAUAAGGAGCAGUCCAACCCCUCGAUGGUACUGGAUAUCGACAAACUGUUUCAUGUGAGGCCAGUCACGCAAGGAGAUGUGUACCGAGCUGAGACUGAUGAGAUUCCAAGGAUUUUCCAGAUUUUGUAUGCUAAUGAGGGAGAGUGCAGGAAGGAGGCGGAUCUAGAGACAGUCCCUCAGGGCGACAAGACCAACUGUCUCCCACACAAAGGCCACGAGUUCAUCCCCACGUUAUAUCACUUCCCUUCAAACUGCGAGGCCUGUGCCAAGCCUCUGUGGCACGUCUUCAAGCCGCCUCCGGCCCUGGAGUGUCGCCGCUGCCACGUGAAGUGCCACAAGGACCACCUCGACAAAAAGGAGGAUGUUAUUGCUCCUUGCAAAGUAAACUACGACGUGACCUCUGCCCGGGACAUGCUGCUGCUGGCUCUGACCCAAGACGAGCAGAAGAAAUGGAUCGGCCACCUCGGAAAGAAGAUUCCCAAGACCCCGCCGUCGACAUUCACAAGAGCCUCGCCGCGGUCCAUGUCCACUCGCUCUGGACCCAACCAAUCCUUCCGCAAGAACCCUAAAAGCAAUACAGGAAAGCUGAGCAGAGCGCAGUCCACCCUCCAAGCAGCAGACACAACAUCGAGCACUUGUUGACAGGAACUUCUUCAGAAAGUUUUUUUUGUGUGUGUGUGUGUGUGCGUUUUUAAAAAACAGACUUUUUUCUAUGACUUUAAACUUGUCUAUUUAUUAAUUGUGUUAUUGGGUGUUUCAAACUCAAGAGACACUUCCUGGUUGCUUGGUUGACUCUUGGGCUCUGUGCAGUUGACACUUGGGAUUUUCUAAUUGGCACUAAUGUGUUGUUGGGGUCAGUUACUAACUUCAUAUUCUUACAUGGCAACUCUCAUUAGACCAAUAUUCAGGAUUUUUACAUUACUGGUCAAACAUCAUGAAAAGGUGUUAUAGUGUCUGUAAGCCAGCUUUUCUGUUUCUGUUGUUAGACUGGGUUACUAACGAAGGUUUUUUUAUUUUAUUUUGAAAAGGCCUUUCUUUUACUGGACACCUGUCUCUCUUCUUCUUUCAGCUAACCAUCUGAACCGUUGGGAUUUUUCUCUGGACUCUAAACUUUCCCUUCCUUCCUCAUCCUCAAAAAUGGAAAGAAACUGUAUUGCAUAGAUAAUUCAUUAAAAAACAAAAAAAAAACAAAGCUAAAAAAAAAUAUAUGUAUAUUGACAAAUAACCAACGCUGGAGAAAUUGCAACACACUUCAGACACAAGGCAUCGUGGACAUUAAAAAAGCCUGAUACAAGGGGAGGGAGUCACUUGACCAACUCAGCAAACUUGCAGCUCUACGUUUUCACCAGAAGAUGGCGCACACGUCUUGAUCUAAAGAUGGACAACAGAGGGAGAGAGGGACUCCUGUCAUGUAGACAUCCUGUGCUUCAUAUCAUGUGAGAGUUGGAAUGGAAACUGGAAGGUAAAAGGGGGUUUUGCUGGGACUGCUGCAUGUAUGUGUUCAGUUUAAGGUACUGUCAUACAGGGAUUGCAGAUCUGCGGCGAAAGGUUGUGUCUCAGGGGCGGAAAAUUGAUAUCUAUUUAGUAAUUUCUUUCCCCCACCUGUCGGAUAACGUGGGCUUUAAUGCAAGUAUGCUUUUGUUUUGUUUUGGUUUUGUUGUUGUUGUUGUUUUUUUUAAUGACUGAUGCCUUCAUCUAACGUCUCUGGCCUUUUUGCCUUUAUUCUUAUCACUCUGCAAGUCAGUUAUAUCAGGUUUGGGACAACGUAUUGGGACAUGAGUAUUAGAUGUUUUGAGUAUUGAGUGAGGAGCAUGCAAGAUCAUCAUUUAAAUCUAUGCAUUGUUUUUAUUAUAAUUAUUUUUAUUGCUCCAAGCCAUAAGGAAAAUUCCAUUGUAAUGGUAUAUAGGAGUCCUAAAACUUUUUUUGUUUAUUUGGUACAUUGUCUGUAAUAUUUUUUUUUUUUUGUGUAUUCAGUGUAUUUUUUCUUUGUAAUGUAUUGCCUUACAUUGAUUCAUAGAUAAGUGGUUCAAAAGGAAAACAUUAAGUUAACAAAUGUAAAACUGCACUGUUUGACUUGACUGUAAAUUAUUUGUAGAAGACUAAACAGGUGUAGCAUUUGGCCCACCUAGUGCCUUACCGUUUGGAUAUUGAUUUUACUGCCAUAUGUUUUUCUUUCCUUUUUUUUUUUUUUUGUUGAAACAAGACAAAUCUGAAUUCUUCCAUCAUUUAUUUUUUAAGAAUUUGCCACAAGUGUGUGGUUUUAUCAGAACUUGCUUUGUCUGGUUUGAAUAUAUAUAAAAAAUUAUAUAUAUAAAUAAAUAUAUUAGAUUACCUCUUUAUGAACACAUAGCAAUAGAGUUUGUGUAAAAACAAAGUCCCCGUUCUUGGUUCAUAUCAUAAAUUUGAGGAGGAUGUAUCUAAAAACAAGCCCGUGUCAAUGAUUGUCCUCGAUUGCAAGUCAUUUUCUCUAACAUGGUAAUGUCCCGCUAAUGCAAACACCCCCACAGUGUAUAAUAUGAGAGAGACAUAAGGAUUAUGGAAUACCUCCACAGUCUUUUUAUGUGUAACGUUUUGUUCAGUUAAAAACAAAAAGCACUGGAACUAUGAUCUACUCGUGUCUUGGAUAAUUUGCAUGGUUAAAUUGCAUUGGAAUCCGCACUGAUGGAUAUGUCAAUAAACAUAUCUCUGUCAUAAAUUG